CCUCCGCCGCUCGGGGAAGCAGCGCGUCAUCACUGUUGUGAAGUUUCGACCCGGAAGUGCUUCUUCUUCUUCACCGGAAGCUUGAUUUACUUCAACACAACAAACAAGAUGGCGAAAGACGGAGUCAGAAACAAACUGCAGUUCUCUCUGGAGGUUCCCUUUCCGUCGUCUGGAGAGGCCGCCAUCGCUCUGCGCUCUCUGUCGCCGGACCGCGAGCCAAGGAAGGGCGGCAUCAGCAAAGAGCUCACGGUGACCGGCAGCACGCUGUCUGUGAGGUGGAGCGCAGACGAAGCUCGAAUCCUCAGAGUGUCUGUGAACUCGUUUCUGGAUCACCUGUCGCUCGUUCUGGAGACCAUGGAGAUGUUCGGUCCGCCUGUUUCCCAGUGAAGCCUGAUGAUUCAGGACUGUCUUCAUCCUCUCAUCCUCAUCCUCUCAUCCUCCGCUGGAGGCUUCAGUCUUUGUUCACGACUCAAGAAAAACACUGAGACUGUGAGGACUGAAAAGGGAAGUUUGAGCAGCAAAACUUUUGACAUUUUGAGAUUUCUGCAAGAAUUGCAUGUCUCCUAUGGGGACUAACAUCAUCACGCAUGAAUCCAGUUGGGCUCAUUGGAUCCACAAGAGACUCAGCUUUACUGUGAGACCCAA